CUAUGAUGCUCGAAAGGUCAUCUAUACCUAACGGGCCUGUCAUCCUUGAUUUUGAAAAGGUUACAUCCGUUAAUCAACAACCGUUGCGACCUGGGCCGUUGUCUUCUCCGAUUAUUCUACCUUUUGAGAUCGGUACAACGAUUGUUAAUCCUAAAGAUGGCUCCGCCUUCCAAUUGCUUCAACCUCUUGGUAAUGGUUCUUAUGCUGUUGUAUAUAGGGUUCUCGAAAAGUCAUCCAACAAGCAUUAUGCACUGAAAUGUUUAUCAAAGGCAAAUUUGAACGAUUAUCAUUUGGAAGUUCAACGUAAUGAGGUACAUGUUCACAAAAGGCUCAAUCACCCCAAUAUUGUAAAACUAGAUCGUUAUUUUGAAACGCCUGAUUGGCUCUUUCUUGUACUUGAGUAUUGUGAAGGUCAAGAUUUAUAUUAUUGGUUGACGCAAAAUAACGAUAGCAGAGAUCCAAAAACGGGUAAACAGUUAUCUGAAAAAGAACGGGUUACAAUAAUCAAACAAGUUUUCAUGCAAAUAUUGGAUGCAGUCGGUUAUUGUCAUAGUCAAGGCGUGGCUCAUAGAGAUCUUAAACCGGAAAAUUUUAUCGUCAUGAUCAACAAUAACAGCAAGGUCAGUAGUAUUCAAAGUAUUCAAGUUAAAUUAACAGAUUUUGGACUGGCUACGGAUGAAAUUGAAUCGGUGGAUUUUGAUUGUGGAUCUAAACCAUAUAUGAGUUAUGAAUGCCGUAAUCCUAUACGCGAAUCAUAUAAUCCUCGUCUUGCUGAUAUAUGGUCAUUGGGCAUCAUUCUUCUUAAUUUGAUGUACCACCGUUCGCCAUGGUCUGAUCCAAAUCCUACACAAUGUAAAUCAUUUGCUUCUUUCCAACUUGACAAGCCAGGCUUCUUGAUUAACCGUUUUACAACAAUUCCGGAAAAGGUUGCACAUUUUUUAGCUAAUCGUGUAUUCUGUAAAGUCGAAGAGGGCCGUAUUAAAAUCAAUGAGUGGAUGAUUUGGUGUGAUGAUAUGGUGGAGAAAAUGUUGUCGGAAAGGAAAACGGCUAAAAGCGUUAAUGACGAUGCUGUAGUUCCGCAGCAACAAUCACUGCCUUCUGACUUCUCAUUAUUCAAACAAAGUUCUACACAUAGAUGUCAUGUGCAUAAUCAUCAUGACUCAUGGUCAGAAGUUUUUGGAGAGUUUGACAACGAGAUGGAUUUUACUGCUCCGGUUUUGUUUGAUAAACAAGAUAGUGCUAAUUAUUUGAAGAAAUUAAAAGAUGUCAAGGCAGAAUCAAAAAGUAAGAACAAUAUAUUGCAAGACGAAUCAGGCUUAGAUAGGAAAGAUAGUGAAAAUUUGGCAGACGUGAAUUCUGAUAACAGUGACGUUGAUUCCGGUUUUGGCACUGAUGAAGAUAAUAACAAUGUUAUAAAAAGAACGCGAAAAAAAGAUGCGAUAAGUGAAUCAAAUGAACCUGUCAAUUCUGUUAAGGCGCCUGUUUCAGUGUCUCCGCCGAAAGUAAUAUAUUGUAAGCCGAAACCCUGGGGUGAACAAAGGUCUCGAGGCCAUCAACAUGAGCCGUCGAUUGAAAAUGGCCCGCCACCUAGCUCAAUAAAUAAUAAUCAUUGGUCUUCUUACAAUCAACGUCGCGAACGUUUGGAACGACGUAAACACGAACAAAAUUUGUCUAUGUGGAAUCAUAAUCGACGUCGUGGAUCAUUGUCAACUGAUAAUUCAACAUUAGCGUCUUCUCGACCUCAACGCACUUCGCAUUUUAAU